CAAAAUUGCUGAAAUUAAUUUUCUUGAUUUGUAUAUGGUUAGAAAUUUUAAUUGUUGAAAUGGACCUAUUGUCUCAUGUUGAAUGAAGAUAGUGUAGACGUCAAGGGAAUCGGACAAUUGUGCUGCAAGCUUUCUUGUUUCUUUUUCUUGUAUAUUUUAUUCUAUUUCGUUCAUUGAAAACUUUUAUUAUAGUAUAACUUAAGACUAGUAUACAACUUCUAUUUGCAUAAGAAAGAAAAUGGCGAGCUCAAGCAAAAUUCAGGCAGAAGGGGUUUCUACAUAUGACCGAAUAAGUGAAUUAAAGGCUUUUGAUGAAUCAAAAACGGGUGUAAAAGGAAUAGUGGAUGCUGGAGCUUCAAAAGUUCCACGGAUUUUCAUUGAUGAGCAAUCUGAGUCCUGUGACAAAUCAGGUUCUGCAGAUUACAAGUUCACUAUUCCGACCAUAGAUUUUCAGGGCAUUGACAAAGAUCCGAGUCUACGCCGCGAGAUAAUCAGAAAAGUUGGAAAUGCUUGUGAGAAGUGGGGAUUCUUGCAAGUGGUCAACCAUGGGAUACCAUUAAAAAUAUUGGGGGAUAUGAUUGAUGGCAUACGGAGUUUUCAUGAGCAAGAUAGCGACAUAAAGAAAGAGUUUUAUUCUCGUGAUGAAACAAGAACGGCGAUCUAUCAUAGUAAUUUUGAUUUAUAUAGAGCACCAGUAGCUAAUUGGAGAGAUUCAUUAUCUUGCGUUAUGGCUCCUCGCCCACCUAAUCUUGAUGGCUUGCCUGCAGUUUGCAGAGAUAUACUGAUCGAGUACUGUGAUGAAAUACGGAAGUUUGGGAUGACUGUGUUUGGAUUAAUUUCGGAAGCUCUUGGUCUGAAAUCCAACCACAUGAUUGAAAUGGGUUGCGCAGGAGGGCUAAACUGUGUAGGUCAUUACUACCCAGCAUGCCCGGAACCAGAGCGGACUUUGGGGCUUAGCAAGCAUACUGACAGUGCCUUCAUCACCGUUGUUUUGCAAGACCAAACGGGUGGCCUUCAAGUACUCCAUCAGGAUCAAUGGGUAGGUGUUAACCCAAUUCCUGGAGCUCUAAUUGUCAACAUCGGAGAUAUGUUACAGCUAAUAUCCAAUGACAAGUUCAAAAGUGUACACCACAGGGUUUUGUCGAAAAAUGCAGGCCCAAGAAUCUCGGUGGCAUGUGUGUUCAGAGCGCAAGGGAAGGAUCGUAGAUUGUACGGUCCAAUAAAAGAGCUGCUUUCAGAAGAGAAUCCUCCAGUUUACAGGGAAACCACUGCAAAUGAUUAUUUAAAAGUCAAAUUUGUCCAUCCAAAGCCAGAAGGAUUUAAAGGAACCUCUGCACUUGAACAUUUUAAGCUGUGAAGUCACUCCACAGUUUCAACUGUAAUCGCUUCUGAAGGUGCCUGUGUGUGUUUUGUCCCACAACUCCAUUCUGUUGUGGGCAUGUGGUUUGAUGAAUAAUCCGUUCAUUGAAUAUGAAUCUCUUGAAAUUUCCUAAGACAAAUUCUAAUGCAUUGUCAGAUCGAAUUUGCUUAACACAUUUUCUGAAUUGUAGUUUCAGCUUUGGUUUCCGUUAAGUGUCUAUGUGAACAAGCUAAAAAAUAUUCAUAGAUUUUUAAUUUCUAA